CAGAACAGAAAAGUGCACGUGCGGUGCGUCUGAUUUUUGUUUAGUAUUACAUAUAGAUUGUAGUUGUAGAUUAUACAGAAUUUGUGAACUGCGAGCUACGGCAACGGGGUCUCUCACUAAAGAUUAUUGUUUAUUGGAUGACGCACGAGAGAGAAAGUGACAUUUACAUUUCAUUAUCGAAAAGAUUAUCUUAAUAUUCAAGUUAUCGAAAAAGAAUCUGUAUACAUUUGUUGUGAUACAUUUUUAUUUACAAAUUAAACUAAAUUUGUCAUUAUGGGUGAUGCCACUUUUCUCGAAGUUGAUGACUCUAUUAAGGCUAAAAAUUUAUUAUUAUUUGAUGAAGAUAAGGAUGCUUUAAGUCAGAUGGACAAGUUGAUGGAACAAUUUGAUUCGGCAUCAUCUAUCCUUGUGCAACCUACUCCUGGUGUCUGUGUAAAAACCCGAACAGUUGAUAAAGUAAAAGUUUUUGUCAAUGUAUGUACGUCAGAUAAAAUUCCACCGCCUGACGAUAUAUCUGAUGCUAAACUACUUGAACUUUUAAAUGAUGAAGCACCUGCUUAUGUCAUACCAAUGAGUAUUGGUUUUGAAAGGAUGGAAGCAGAUAAAUCUGGUACACCUAGUGCAACAUAUGAUGUCAUGAUAAAUACAGUAUAUUUCAAGAAAUGUCAAGAAAAGAAACAUUUUAUGGCAUUUACAACAUUAGUCAUAUUAAGUGGUGUGGCAGAUAAAUUUAACAAAAAGGUUGAUACAGAAAAUUAUGUUAUUCUAAAAAAUCGUACAGUAAUGGGAAAACUUCAACAACAUAGAAUAGAAAAUCGUAAGCCCAAAAGGCCGCAAGGUCACAAAUCAUUGAUAGAGGAAAUUUCGCAUUCUACAAAGCCUAUCAACAGCAAGACUAAUCUUUCAGCUAGCAAUGAAACAAAAACGGGUUAUGUAAUUUUAAGAAAACCAGCGAAAGGCCCAAUUGAGCGUUUAAUCGCUUUAUUUGAUAUGCCAAAAAGCGUUUCAGUCGAAGAUAUAGUAGUAUUGAUCAACUCUGAUCGUAUAAAUGUUACAGAUGAGAAAGCUUAUUAUUCGUAUGACGUUUUACUGCCAUAUAUGUUAAAAGCAGAUAAUGCGAAAGCUUUUCUCGACUAUAAUAUUGGGGUGAGAAUUUAUAUUCCCUUUUUUUUGUAUCGGAUAAUAUUUGCCUAUAAUGUAUAUAUUUUCUUAUUUUUCAGGUGUUACGAAUAG